UUUUUUUCUUUCUUAGAGUUGAAGGAAGAAUAUGAUGAAAGGUAGAUCAAGUGAUCAACCCACAAUGGAAAUGGAUGUUCAAAAGAAUCCAUGGUCACGGGAUCGAACGAUGCGAAUUAUUAUUCAAGAUGACACUUAUAGAGACGUGAUUAAUUGGAAAUCAUUACCAAAAUCUUUUCUACCAAGUACUAUAGAUGUCACCAAAGAAGAAGAUAUAUGUUCAGAAUCAAAAGCUUUUCUCCUAAUGGUUGAACCAGAUGACAGUAUAGCUGCGGUUAAAGCGUAUAUUCAAAAGGAAAAAGGGAUUUCGUUUAAAAAACAAAAGUUGUUGAAUGAAGAUGGGGGAGUUAUGAGAGAUGCAGAGACUCUAACGUCAGCGGGAAUCAAUAAAGGAUCUACCUUAAUUCUUCGAUAUACACCAAUAACACAAAUCUAUGUGUCAACGCUUACUAAACGCAGGUUUAAGUUAAUGGUUGAGAGUGAUGACACAAUUGCAGAUGUUAAGGCUGCCAUUCAGGAAAAAGAGGGUAUUCGAUUUCAUAAACAGAGGAUAAUCUAUAAUGGCCGACAACUCGAAGAUGAUAAAUCUCUCGUCGACUCUGGAAUUCAGUAUAACAGUGAGUUGAAACUUGUAUUGACGUUGUGCGGUUGUUGAAUAUUAGCUAGUAAAGGAUAUGGUAGUUGCUUACUAAUUUGCAUAAUCUAUAUGUAAAUU